UACGUAUGUAAGUGUGUGCAUGCGUAGAAGCGUGCCACCACCAACAAAGAUGGCGGCUUGUGCGUUACGUAGAGGUCUGCUGAGUACUUUCAGUAAAUACAAAAAUAAACAGGCGCAGAGAUUAUUAAGCGUGGCUGACAGUAGGUUCGAAUUAAAUAGAUCACAGUUAGAAUGCCGAGCCUGCGGAAUGUACGGUGUCGUUCAACAGAAGAGGUUCAUGUCGUCACGGAACAGGCCUGAGGGGAAGAUUUUGGAGACGGUGGGGGUGUUUGAGGCUCUGAAGCAGCACGGCAAAUACGAGACGGGGCAGCUCUUUCUCCACAGCGUCUUUGGCUAUCGAGGUAUCGUCUUGUUUCCGUGGCAUGCCAGACUGUACGAUCGAGACAUCACACCGCCCAUGUCUGAGAGCAAGCCGGAGCCCCCCGGUGCCCAUGGCUCAAAAGAAGUGAAGGGGAAGACUCACACUUACUACCAAGUUCUGAUUGAUACUAGAGAUUGCCCUCACAUUUCUCAGAGGUCUCAGACGGAGGCGGUGACGUUUCUGGCGAACCAUGAUGACAGCAGAGCGCUUUACGCCAUCCCAGGCCUAGACUACGUGAGCCACGAAGACAUCCUGCCGUACAACUCCGCAGAGCAGAUUCCCAUUCAACAUGAGCUGUUUGAACGCUUCCUCAUGCACAACCCUGCCAAAUCUCCUCCGUUCAUUGCCAGAGACACCCUCAAAGCAUGGCAGGAAAAGAAUCACCCCUGGUUGGAGCUCUCGGACGUCCACAGGGAAACCACUGAGAACAUCCGGGUCACCGUAAUUCCUUUCUACAUGGGCAUGCGGGAAGGCCAGAAUUCUCAUGUAUACUGGUGGCGAUACUGCAUCCGUUUGGAGAACAUGGGUAAUGAGGUGGUUCAGCUGAGGGAGAGACACUGGAGGAUUUUCAGCCUGUCUGGAACCCUGGAGACUGUCCGAGGUCGCGGCGUGGUUGGCAGGGAGCCAGUGUUGUCCAAAGAGCAGCCAGCAUUUCAGUACAGCAGCCAUGUCUCUCUACAGGCCCCGAGCGGUCACAUGUGGGGAACAUUUCGCAUUGAGAGGACUGACGGCUCCCAUUUUGAUGUUCGCAUUCCUCCUUUCUCCCUGGAGAGCAACAAAGAUGAUAAAGCCCCCCCGGCAGGCUACACAUUCUAACUGCAAGUCGUCAGCGCCCCAUAUAACUUCUGCCUUCAGUAUCGGAAAAAUGAGCGAGUUAAGGAAGGAGACUUUAUAGCAUUUUCUAGAUCUUCCAAUUGCACACCCACGUAUCCCAUUUUGCUGUUUGAGUGAAUACAAAUAUGCAUGGCAAGGUUAACUUGAUUUAAAGCAGACACUUCCUGGAUGGGUGUGGGGGAUGUUGCACUGCAGUGGAGCUCAUGUUUGGCAUCAAAUGGCUGAAAUAUUGACCAGGUUGUGAGCUCUUACUGCUGCUGUUGUGUUCCCAAAGAAAGCAUCUUCAGCCGAGCAUCAUCCAAUGACUUUCACUCCGGUGUUAUUGGAAAUAUCAUGUUCCAAUGUGUGGAUUCCUCUUUUCAUAUUAACAUUUCUUCACACGGCUUUUCUUUUUAGCUGUGCAGUUUUUCUUCAAUAAGAGGGAUAUCCAAACAGUUUACAGAAUAAAAGCAUUCACACUUUACACCCUCAUUUAACAGUUAGCACCAACCUCCCUCCCCCCUGUCAUUUUGCAGGUUGUUCUUAAUCGAGCAUCGCACAAAUGUGGAAGACCCCCUUAAAAAGUCGCAAUGAAAUGAGCCCUGCGUUGUGUGAAGUGGCAACGGUCAACUGAUCCAGAGAGUACAAAGCAGGACUUUAAUUAAAUGUGGACAGAUUUGAGAUGGUCCACACUUGUAUAUCCUGUAGUUUUUUUAUUGGAGUCUAAAUACCACCCACUAGGAGUCACUCAAGUAUAAGAAGAUGGAAUGUCAAAAUCUCAACAAAAUUUCUACCUGUGGCAGAAAGAAGCAGUGUCUAUGUUUUGCACCAUAGAUUAAGCCACCAGGGGGCAGUAUUACUGCUGCGAUGUGUGAGUGAGGAAAGUGGCUGUUUUUAAUCCCUGCAAAAAAACGGAUUUCUGUUUAUUGUAGACACAGAGGAUGCCUCGCAUUCAUAGGCGAACUGUUUGACACUGAAAGAAGAAUUUGAAUGAUUAGCCAAAAUUACCCUUCGUGCACAAGAACGGACUCUUAGGUAAUUGUGUUUUGAUAAGUGAUUUGAAACUCUUAUGGUUGGAAUACUGUAAAUAAUAAUGUAAUUAAAGCCAAAUAAAUAUGUUUUGGAAAAUACAUAA